AUGUCAUUUGGCGGCGGCUUCGGCUUCGGCCAGAACAAUAAUACCAGCAACAACACUAACCCUUCGGGUGGAUUUGGCGGCUUUGGCAACACCACCAACUCCAAUACUAAUUCAGGCUUUGGCGGGAACACCACUGGUGCCUUUGGCAGCACGACAAACACGGGCGGAGGUCUCUUCGGCGGUGGUGGCACGUCCUCAGGUUUCGGCAGCAACACGACAGGCGGCGCCUUCGGGACAAAUACGAGCACUCCUAGCACCUUCGGAGCAACGAAGCCUGCAUUUGGCGGCACUUCUACGGGCGGCGGCGGUUUAUUUGGCGGCGCCUCCACCACAACUGCUGCUUCAGGGACUGGCUUCGGUGGAUUCGGCGCGAAUACUACCGCAGCCUCGACAUCGACUCCAUUUGGAGGAGGCGGUGGGUCUUCCCUAUUCGGAGGCGGUGCGAGCAAACCCGCUUUUGGCGCGGGCACCACAACCGGAACUACAGGUGGAGGUCUCUUCGGCGGCGGAACAUCUACAGGUACUGGCUUCGGAGGUGGCGCAUUCAAUGCCCCCGCGAGCACGGCGUUAGGAGGGCCUGUGGGUGAUCCCCCCGGUACAGCCACCACAGCUUUCCAGGCCUUUGUAGAGAAGGAAUCGGCAGCUAGUAGCGCCCAGAAUUCAUUCCAGAAUAUUCUGUUCCAAGAACCCUACAAGAAGUGGUCUGCUGAAGAGCUGAGACUUGCCGAUUAUAACCAGGGCCGCCGUUACGGCACUGGCGCAGGUACCGGAUUUGGGGGAGGAUUUGGAGGAGGAAGCUUUACCCAGACUAACAACCAGAGUAGUGCAUUUGGGUCCGGCACCAGCUCAGGUGGGGGUCUUUUUGGGGCCGCCAGCAACACCAAUGCUGCACCAAGCGCUUUCGGAACAAACACCAACACUUCGAGUGGUUUCGGCUCCGGUAGUGGUGGAUUAUUCGGGAACAAACCAGCAACUGGAGGGGGGCUGUUUGGCGGCUCCAGCACAGCCCAACCAGCACAAUCUGGAACUGGACUUUUCGGCGGCAGUGGAACAACCACAGCCUUCGGCAGCAACACUGGAACUGCUCAGAAUGCCUUUGGCUCUACAAAUACCAGCGGCGGCGGAGGCUUGUUCGGGAACAACAACACUCAGGCCAAGAGUGGAACGGGAUUCAGUUUCGGACCCUCAACGACCAAUACAAACCCCGGUGGUUUUGGAGCUGCCGCUACUAGCACCCCUAGUGCUUUCGGAACCACUAAUACUGGAGGUGGUCUCUUUGGUAACAAUAACAACGCGGCUGGUCAGACCACAGGUGGUGGUCUUUUCGGCAACACGACGCAACAAAAUACAGGCAGUGCCUUCGGAGGAGGCGGCGGCUUUGGCACGCAGGUUCAGCAAUCAUCCGGAGGUGGCCUCUUUGGCAAUGCCCAGCAGAAACCCGCGGGUGGUCUGUUUGGCAACGCGUCGUCUACUCCUGGUGCCGGUGGUGGUGGCCUCUUUGGUGGCCAGGCGAACAACACGCAACCCUCCGCUUUUGGCCAGACAAGCAACAACCAGACGUCCGGUGGUCUUUUCGGCAAUAAGCCAGCGGCUACGAGUGGCGGCCUGUUUGGGAACGCCGGACAGAAUCAGACUGCCAAUACUGGAGGAGGCUUAUUUGGCAACCUCGGCCAAAAUCAACAAACGCAGCAGCAGCAACAACCCCAAGCUGCUAGCGGCGGUCUCUUUGGGUCUCUAGGCCAAACACAGCAGAAGCCUGCAGGUGGUAUGUUCGGCACGAACCCCCAGUCGACCGGCGGUGGUCUUUUUGGGAGCACGAACAAUCAACAGAGCUCGUUGUUUGGCGGCUCGACCCAGCAGCAGCAGCAGCAGCCAAGCACCAGCUCUCUUUUUGGCAACUCUCUCGGCAACCAAGGUGGACCUCAAGUCAACUCCUUGACCGCGAGUGUUAAUGACCCCUCAGCCUACGGCACAUCGUCACUCUUCGGCAAUCUCCCCAACCAGAGCAAUGAUCCCGGUCCUCUUGCGACGCCCUUGUCUAGCAAAAAGCAAACCCGGAAGCCCUCUAUCCUACCCCUGUACAAGCUCAACCCAGCUUCCGCCUCCCGCUUUUCCACUCCUCAAAAGCGAGGCUUUGGCUUCUCGUAUAGCACGUACGGAACGCCUAACAGUCCGUCCAGCGUGUCUAGCACACCUGGUGGUUUCUCAAACAGCGGCCUACUGACUCAUGGAAGUUUGUCACGAAGUCUUGGCAAGAGCAUGUCUAGCAGCAACCUUCGGCGCAGCUUGAACGUUGAGGACAGCCUUCUGGCCCCUGGUGCUUUCUCUGCCAGCUCCGGGUCGAAAUUCUUUGGCGGAAACAACGUCAAGAAGCUCGUCAUCAACAAGGACCUGCGAAGCGAUCUUUUCUCCACUCCCACCAAGGAAAAGCCUUUGCAAGAGACUCCAAAUGGCUCACGUAAGCUUAACAAACGUGUCAGCUUCGAUACGAGUAACGUUGAUGCAGUUGAGAAUGGCGAUGCGCAGAACGACUCGGCCAACACGACCCCCUCUGGAGACCUGGGCUAUAUUCGGCCUUCACGCACUAAUGGUAUGAAUGGAUCCAAAUCUAGGCUUUCGGCGUCCAGCCAAGAGAUGGAACAAGUCAAGGGUAAGGAGCUGGCCAUCGUUCAUGAGGAGGAAGUCUCAGCUCCGGUGGUGCCGAGCACGGCGACUGGCAACGGCGAGAGAGAGCUCGGAGAGUACUGGAUGAGCCCUACCAAAGACGAAAUCCAGAGCAUGAACAGGGUUCAGCGCCAGAAGGUGUCGGGCUUCACUGUUGGUCGUGGCAAUGCCGGCAAGGUCGAGUUCAGAGUUCCCGUAGACCUUACCAGCAUCGACCUGGACAAUUUGUAUGACAACAUUGUCCUCCUCGAGCUUCGAUCUUGCACGGUCUACCCGAACUCUGCAAAGAAACCGCCAGUCGGGAAAGGACUCAACGUUCCAUCUUUGAUCAGCUUAGACAACUCUUGGCCCCGCGCUUCCAAGGCUAAGAAAUCAGCACCUUCCCUUGCUAAGCACAUCGAGCGCCUCAGGCGUAUCGAAGGCACUGAAUUCGUGAACUACGACCCAAAUACUGGUGUAUGGACAUUCCAGGUGGAGCAUUUCACCCGAUAUGGACUCGAUUACGAUGAAGACGACGAGACCGAAGCGCCUUUUGCUCCCAAAGACGACUCGUCCGCUGCAUCUCCAGUGGCGGAUGGUGCUUCUGAUGAAAAUGACAGCUUCGAUUUUCGACACAAGCGUCGGUCACUCCCCGGUGCUUUUGACACCAAUGUCGCGUACGAUGAUGAAGACGAGGAGGAGAUGGCUGAGGUUAACGGCCCCCGACCGUAUUUUUUAGCCAGUCGCUCCGCGGGUUCUAAAUCCAAGGCUCUUGUUCCCGUUGAACAAGAUGAUAUGGAUGAAGAAUAUGAGCUGUCUGAGGAACAAGAUGCGAGUGCUUCCCUCAGACACCAUCUCGCCGCGGAGCAUGAUGACUCGUUCAAUGCCAGCCAAAUGGAUUUCGUUCAGGAGACCCCUGGUGGCAUCAUGAGAGCUAGGAUGCGUGCUAUCAAGGAGUCGGCCACCCCAGUGAAGGUGCAAAUUGCUACCGGUGACGACUGGAUGGACAUGUUGCAGAAAACCAUCAGCCCCCAGAAACGGGAUCGAGCCCUACUGAAGAGCCUCCAUGAGGCCGACACGUACGGCACUAUGAAGGACAGCGUGCGCGAGAAGUCGCCCACUAAGAAACGAAUUGUCGCGGACGGUCGUGGUUUUGCAACAAGCAUUGAUUUGAUGAAGUCGAUUUUUGACGAGGCCAAGGCUCCAGCUGAGAGUCCGACUUCUGUCCGAUCAAAGAGUGUGAAGUUCCCGUACAAGCGAAUGACAAAGAAUCUUGACGAGAGCGAAAUGGAUCCCCAAGACCGCGCGUGGCACAAUGCUCUUCGUCCUACAUGGGGUCCGAAUGGCACCCUCGUUUUCUCAGCUACACCCACCGAAAUCCCUUUUGGCAGGUCAGGGCAGAUUACUGAGAAGAAUGGUUUGAUGACAGUCAUGAAGGGCGGUAUUGUCUCCGAGUCUCAGGAUAUUCGGUUUGCAAAGUUCUCAAAUGAGAUGUCCGCGAGAGCUCUCGGUCAGCAGAUGAAGCUUAGUCAAGUCUACAUUGACAAUGGUGUACCCACGGUUAUGGGCCCACGGGUCAGUCUGAAAGAAUUCUCUGCAGAAGCCGGUAGUAAGAAUCCUGCCGGAGAACACGAGAAACUUGUAUGGGAGCUUGCAAGCGUCCUUUUCGACAGCAUCAAGAUCCCUGUGGAGCUCCAGAAUGACCCGGAAGCUGUGGAGAAGAUGCGGCGAGAGAGCCUAUCCCGUUUCUGGGAACAUAUGGUUGAGGAUGAGACAAACAAGGGAGUUGCUAUGGCAGGUUCAAGCGAGGAAAAGGCACUUUCCUCUUUGGCUGGUCACAGAGUCGCUGAAGCAUGCAAGCACCUUUUGGAUGGCAAGAACUUCCGCCUAGCAACUCUAAUUUCUCUCCUCGGCACUAGCGACCAGGUGAAGAAGGAUACGAGAGAGCAAAUGAAAGAGUGGCAAGAGGCCAAUGUGCUCGCAGAGUUCUCAGAGCCUGUGAGGGCACUAUACGAGAUGCUAAGCGGCAACGUUUGUGUGUGCGAAGGUAUGAAGGGGUCUAGCGAAAACCGCAUAGAGUCGUUUGUCAUAUCUCAGACGUUUGGGCUCAACUGGAAGCAAGCAUUCGGUUUGCGUCUAUGGUAUGCAAUCUCAACCGAGGAUAGCAUUUCGGAUGCCGUACAAAGCUUCAGGGAUGACGUUGAGCAAGACAAGGAAAUGCCACCUACAACUUGGUUCCUUGAGAAUGGCAUCAAGGGAAUUUGGAAUGAUCCCGAUGAGGAUCUGCGUGAGGACCUGCUUUGGGGCCUGCUCCAGCUAUACGCCAAACCUCACGCUGACCUCGAAGCCGUUCUGCGACCUGAAAACUCCCAACUCUCUCCGCUCGAUUACCGGCUCAGUUGGCAGCUUGGCAAGGCUCUGACCGCCACAGGCAAGGUAUCAUUUGGAAAGAACGCCGACGAGAAGGCAGAUGCAGCUACGGUUUCGUUCGCUGCACAGUUGACCAACGAGGGCAGCUGGCAAGAAGCUGUUUUUGUUCUGCUUCACCUCAAUGACCCCGUUGCACGGUCAAAAGCCAUUCAGGACCACCUUUGUCGUCACGCCGGUCUCAUUGGCCAUGAGCCUGCCGACUUCAAGACACUCACGGAGCAGUUCAAAAUCCCCUCGCAGUGGAUUUGGCACGCCAAGGCCCUCUACAUGCGCAGUGUCAAGGUGGACGCCGCCAUGGAGGUGCAGUGUCUUCUCCGAGCCGACUCCUAUGCUGAGGCCCACCGCACAUUUAUCAAAGAUGUUGCACCCUUGGCUAUCAUCGAGCGAAACUUCGACCGUCUUGCCAACCUGCUAAGACAAUUUGACGGCCAUCAGUCUCAGGUCCCGGACUGGAAUCUUGGCGGCGAGGUGUACAAGGCAUUCCUCCAACUCAUGGGCCACCAGCGACGUCAUGAGCGCCCGCCCCAAGCGCUGGUAAGUGGGUUGCUCGAAGGCUUACCUGCUAUGCACGGCAACACCCCCGAGGCUGGCAUUACAGAGUAUGCGGCGCUGACAGACAUGGCGGCCGUUGUUGCGAAGGUGGUUGGGGAUAUGGCGAAAAGGGGAGAGAUGGACCACCAGCGUAUCCUCAAUCUGCCCCUCACAGAGGAUGUUCUCCUCAAGCACACGCGUGACUUGGCAUGGACGCACUACACCGCUGUGAUGGCCGGUCACUGA